UGUUUUAGACUUAUUGCCGCAAUGGUUUAAAGAAACAGUUAUAAUUUACAACAUAAUGUUUAAUUAUUAUGUACUGUCUAUUUUUGAUUUAAUGUUCUUGAAUAGUUUAAUAAGUGUAUACCUUUCCAUAGUGACCCAUUGAAGUGUAGGAUAAUCAAAUAAAAAAUGGUACUAUCACGAACGGAAACGAAUUUGCGGAGACUUCUUGCGAAAUGUGAUCUAAUGGUAAAGACCAAUCAAAAAGGCGACGAAAGAUUCCCAAAAUAUUUGGACUCUUUAGAAAAUAUGUUGAAGCAGCUUUCUGAAUUACCAGAGAAACCUCCAAGAGAAGCAACUGCCGAAUAUAGCAAGAGAAUUACAAGUUUGAGGAUUUUGCUUGGACUUAAUGUUUCAGAGGAACUUAGAAAAUAUCAGUUUGAAAACUUGCCACUUACAAACACAGGAGUAAAAGAAAAUAAUGAUUUAUCAGACAGAGAAAAAUUAUUAGGUCUCAGACAAAGACAAGUAUACCAAGCAACAACUGGCUUGGAUGAAAUUAUUGAUUAUAAUCAGCAACUACAAGAAAAAAUUGCAGAAGAAAUGUUAACUAUGGCCAAGAACUUAAAAGAGCAGUCAGAACUCGCUAAUAAAAUAAUUAAAAAAGAUACUGAAGUAAUCAGUAGGUCUUCACAAUUAUCUGAAGAAAAUUUUAUAAAAUUAAAAACUGAAUCCAGUACAUUAACUGAACAGUCUAGAAAAGCUUGGAAAUGUUGGCUGUGGAUUUUGCUACUCAUAGUACUUGUAGUGUUUAUAUAUAUGGUUCUAUUUAUGAAAAUAAUGAAGAAAAAACGUUGAUUCAUAAAUAAGGACAAUUUUCUGUAUUCCACUCUACAGCAAAAAUAUAAUCAAUUUUUAGAAGUAAGCGAUGGAAUGGUAAUAGGAAGAAAAAUGGGGCCAAAGGUCAUUUUGUAGGUGUUUUUUU